GGUCUGGACUUGGCGCGAAUAAAUCUUCUGAGCUUUUGAGUUCGUCUUCAGCCGACGACAUUCACAAUCUUCUCUUAUAUACUAUCCAGCAUAAUAGUCUGUUCCCGGUGACGACGAACGAAACGAUCCCCGAAUAUCCCUACAUUAUCUCACCGUUGAGCGGCCCUGUCUACACUUGGCGAGAACGAAUCACCCGUUACAACCAGGCUACGGCCUCAUGGACGUCUAUGGAGGCAACGAUGAAGAGAGCGCAGAGUUGCGAAAGCUCCUGCUGGAAGUGAAUGAUGACCCAGACAACUUCGAAAUAUGGGAGAAGCUCGUACGGGCAGGCGAGUUGUUGGAAGGUGGAAUCAACCGAAAUUCGAGCUCCCAAGCCAUCACCACUGUUCGGAGUAUCUACGAUCGUCUGCUCGGAAAGUUCCCACUGUUCUUCGGAUACUGGAAGAAGUAUGCCGACCUCGAAUUCUCCAUAGCGGGAACGGAAGCGGCGGAGAUGGUCUACGAACGUGGAAUUGCAAGCGUCGCCAAUUCGGUCGACCUAUGGACCAACUACUGUUCUUUCAAGACCGAAACCAGUCACGAUGCCGACGUUAUUCGAGAGCUUUUCGAGCGAGGCGCAGCUUGUGUUGGAUUAGACUUCCUCGCACAUCCAUUCUGGGACAAAUACAUCGAGUUUGAAGAGCGCCUGGAAGGGGUUGACCGGAUUUUCACCAUUUUGGGCAGGAUUAUCCUGAUUCCCAUGCAUCAGUAUGCUCGCUACUUCGAAAAGUACCGACAAUGGGCCCAAUCACGGCCGCUGACCGUUAUUGCCCCUCCCGGCACGCUCACCCAACUGCAAAUGGAUCUUGAAAACGAAGGUGCUGGCUACAAGGCCGGCCGAAACCAAGCGGAAGUGGAACGAGAGCUGAGAGCUCGUAUCGACAACUAUCAUCUUGAGCUCUUCAGGCGGACACAGACCGAGACCACGAAACGAUGGACUUAUGAGUCCGAGAUCAAGCGGCCAUACUUCCACGUCACAGAGCUGGAUGAGAGUCAACUCACCAAUUGGCGCAAGUAUCUUGACUUUGAAGAAUCGGAAGGUGACUAUACACGAACACAAUUCUUAUAUGAACGGUGUCUGGUCACCUGCGCUCAACAUGACGAGUUUUGGUUGCGGUACGCGAGGUGGAUGCUGGCUCAGCAGGGUAAGGAGGAAGAAGUCAGAAAUAUCUACCAAAGAGCAUCGUGCAUCUUCGUGCCGAUCGCACUCCCCACGACCAGGCUUCAGUAUGCCUACUUUGAAGAGAUGAGUGGAAGAGUAGAUGUGGCAAAGGACAUUCACGAGGCAAUUCUGAUCAAUCUACCGGGACAUGUUCAGACGAUAGUGUCCCUCGCGAAUGUCAACCGCCGUCAUUCGGGACUGGACUCAGCCAUUGCAGUCUAUCAAUCUCAUAUUGAGUCACAAGCAAUCGAUGCGACAGCCAAAGCAGCGCUAGUUGCGGAAUGGGCGAAGUUGCUGUGGAAGGUCAAGGGAGCGGCAGAAGAGGCCCGGCAGUUGUUCCAGAAGAACCAGCAUUGGUAUCUGGAAAGCGCGGCGUUCUGGACGAAUUAUCUGCGAUUCGAAAUCGAGCAGCCUACCGCCGCCGGCUCGGAGCAGUCGCAGUACGACCGAAUACGACGAGUCGUGGACGACAUCCUCACGAAGAGUGUUUUGCCUGAGGCAACCGUGCAGGAACUCAUCACGACGUACAUGAAGUACCUGUUGGAGAGAGGCACGAAAGAUGCAGCGAAGGAAUACAUGAACCUGGAUCGUGAGAUCAACGGUCCGGCCUCGGUUCAGAAAUUGCCAGCGCCACAGGGCGACUCAGGCAAGCCGCUUCUGCCGGUCAAUGGACAGCCCGCUCCAGUCCGGUAUUCGUGAGGAUGACGGCCGCUGCAGCGUAACUCACUUGACCUUGAAGACUAUUACACGAGUUUCAUGGGCGCAGUAAUGUCAUGAUAAUUGAGCACUGGCAUGGCGUGACAAAAGGCACGGCGCAUGGGAGCGGAUCUCUUUUUCUCUCAUUGAUGAUCAAUGACUACCAUAGGAAAUGCCCGGAAAAUAAAGCUCUGAUGACGGAUAAAGGCUCACUAGGCUAGUGGCUAGUUUGU